AUGUCUUUAGAUUCGAAGAAGAAAUCUUAUCUAGAUCUUGUGAAGGCUUGUGAUAACUUCCCAUAUGAUACAGAUAUCGACAAACUGUAUAAACUUUAUCUCCCAGACGAUAGUCGAAUCCAUGGAUAUAUGCUUCCGGAAAUCGUCUCUAAGAUGCCAUGGUCUCCGGAUUUCACCAUUACCCAAGAUCAACCAUUAAGUGUUCAACUCCAUCCUAUAAAUAUCACAAGCGAAGAUUUCUCAACCGUUUGCAAUAAUGCAUUUGCAAAAGUUAUCAAUGAAGCAAUCGGUAAAGAUCUUUUCAGUACCCUCCACAGAGAACACAGUGAACCAUAUGCUAUUCCAGGAGCAAAAGAACCCGUACAACUCGAACGUUAUGCCGCUUCUCUAUUUGGUACUGUAGCAAGAGGAGCGCAUCUCACCAUCUUCACAUGUGUGAAUGGAGAAAUGAAAAUUUGGGUCGCGAAAAGAAAUGCACAUCUAUUUUCAUAUCCCGGCAAAUUCGACACCACAGUUGCAGGAGGCGUACGUGCAGAUGAAUCACCUUUCGAAACAAUCGUCCACGAAGCAGAAGAAGAAGCAUCCCUCGACUCUGCACUAAUCCGCUCUAAUGUACACGCUUCAGGAGUCAUUACCUAUAUGAAAUCGACGGGCUCCGGAUCCGGCGGCAUCAAGGGAUUAAUCACUGCAGACAUGGUAUACGUGUACGAUCUCGAAGUUGGAGAAGACACGGUACCAAAACCACGUGAUGAUGAAGUUGAGGGGUUUUAUUUAUGGGAUGUGGAGAAGGUCAAGGAGGAAUUGUUGAAUGGAGGAUUCAAGACUAAUAGUGCGGUGGUGAUGAUUGAAUUUUUUAUUAGACAUGGGAUUAUUACGCCGGAGAAUGAAGGUGAUUAUACGGAGAUUGUUAUGAGGAUGCAUAGGAAUUUACCGUUUCCGACGGCGCCGUCGAGUUAG